AUGUCUGGUACCGGUAGAGGAAAAGGUGGUAAAGGUUUAGGAAAAGGUGGUGCUAAACGUCACAGAAAGAUUUUAAGAGAUAACAUUCAAGGUAUUACAAAACCAGCUAUCAGAAGAUUGGCUAGAAGAGGUGGUGUUAAACGUAUUUCUGCUUUGAUCUAUGAAGAAGUCAGAGUUGUCUUGAAACAAUUUUUGGAAAAUGUUAUCAGAGAUGCUGUUACUUACACUGAACACGCUAAAAGAAAAACCGUCACUUCAUUGGAUGUUGUUUACGCUUUGAAGAGACAAGGUAGAACCUUGUAUGGUUUCGGUGGUUAA